AUGCAAACUAAUCUUCACCGAGUUUCAGAGGUAGCUGUAACUGCUGAGCAUUCGGUUAAUGAUGGAAUUGAGGCGAAAACUUCUGUGAAGAGGUUUCGGGAGCAUGAUAGUGAUUCUGAUUUAGAACAUGAUGAGCUGGCGGCGGUUGGCACAGCAGCAUUUUCUGUUCUUACAAACACUACAAAUGAAAGUGGUAUAUGGCAGAUUCACCAAGCCGACCCUAGAAGAGUACCACCUACUGAAGAGAACUCCAACAUAACUUGUCUCUAUAGGUUAAUCAUAUCUAUCAACAACAUGGGUGCAGGUGGUAGGAUGUCAAACGAUCCAUUUGAUGGUAAAAAGAUCCUGGAACGUGUCCCAGUUGAUCCGCCGUUUUCAUUAAGUGAUUUAAAGAAAGCGAUCCCUGCCCAUUGCUUCAAACGAUCCGUCAUCCGUUCAUCUUACUAUGUUGUUCACGAUCUGAUUGUUGCCUACGUUUUCUACUUCCUUGCGAAUACAUAUAUUCCUUUUCUUCCAGCUCCUUUGGCUUACUUAGCUUGGCCAGUUUACUGGUUCUGUCAAGCAAGCAUCCUCACUGGCUUAUGGGUCAUCGGUCAUGAAUGCGGUCACCAUGCAUUUAGCGAAUACCAAUUAAUUGAUGACAUUGUUGGCUUCAUCCUCCACUCAGCUCUCAUGACACCUUAUUUCUCAUGGAAAUAUAGCCAUCGAAAUCACCAUGCCAACACAAAUUCGCUCGAUAAUGAUGAAGUUUACAUUCCUAAACGCAAGUCUAAAGUCAGGUGGUACUCAAAACUUCUUAACAACCCACCUGGUCGACUGUUCACUUUGGUUUUUAGGUUCACUCUAGGAUUUCCUUUAUACCUCUUAACUAAUAUUUCUGGCAAGAAAUAUGGAAGGUUUGCCAACCACUUUGAUCCCAUGAGUCCAAUUUUCACCGAGCGUGAGCGAAUCCAGGUCCUGUUAUCAGAUCUUGGUCUUCUUGCCGUCUUUUAUGCAAUCAAGAUUGCUGUAACAACAAAAGGAGCUGCUUGGGUAGCCUGUAUAUAUGGAGUUCCAGUGGUAGGAGUGCAUGUGUUUUUCGUUAUCAUAACGUAUUUGCACCACACCCAUCUGUCUUUGCCCCAUUAUGAUUCAAGUGAAUGGAACUGGAUCAGAGGGGCAUUGUCAACAAUUGACAGGGACUUUGGAUUCCUGAAUAGGGUUUUCCAUGACGUUACACACACUCACGUAUUGCAUCAUCUGAUUUCGUACAUUCCACAUUAUCAUGCAAAGGAGGCAAGGGAUGUUAUCAUUCCAGUUUUGGGUGAGUACUAUAAGAUCGAUAGGACUCCAAUCUUUAAAGCAAUGUGGAGAGAGGCUAAAGAAUGCAUCUAUAUCGAGCCUGAUGAAGAUAACAAACACACAGGUGUAUUUUGGUACCAUAAAAUGUGACCGAUUGCUGAUAUCAUUUUACUUUUUAAAUUAUUAUAUCAUUUACUUUUUAAAUUACUUUAUGUACCGUAUGUUGGAAAACAUUCCAAUUAUAUACGUCCACGGGCCAUUUGUAUAAUAAAAUAAGUUCAUAGUUUACUAUUUAUAUCCAAAGGUGUUACUAAAUGAUUA